AUGGACGCCGUCCGACAGGAGAACCGGAACGCCAGGGAAGAUGUUCUUGAGGCAAACAGGCUGACGAACAUGACCAUGAUGAGGGUCAUGUUGGAGGAAAUGAGGGCUGGCCGCAAUAAGGGUCAGUUUCCUCCACCACCACCUCCACCCAAUCUUCAUGACGAUAGUCAGAGUCACACUGAGGGUUCCAGUCAGCGUACUGGGGUGAUAGAACCCUACCAUGAGCCUGUUGAGGAUCGUGAUGUGAUUGAUCGCCGGCUUAAUGCUUUCUGCAAGGAUAAGCCACUUUCUUUUGAUGGGAAGUUUGCUGGUAAGGGAAAGAGAAAACAGUUGGCUGCUAGGCAGGCGCCUAGUCAGUUCAAGAGGACUUCUACUCCAGGAAGUACAACUAGACCUUCUACUCCCAGAUGCUCGGGAUGUGGGAAGUUCCAUGUGGGGUCGUGUGCUACCGGAAAGUUGAUUUCUUUUCAGAGUGGCCAGGCGGGCCACUAUUCCAGAGAUUGUCCGUCAUCGACCGCAAGAGCUGCAGCGGUUUAG